GCCUUUCUCUGACUGGCAUGUGGUUGUCGGUGCUGAAGACCAAAGCGCUGGACUGGAUGUGAGAAAAACAGGAGGAAGUUCAGAGAAAUACAUAGAGGGGGAUGGCUCUGGAUGUUUAUUUCCUCUAACAAGCUAAGGUUUGAAGUCUGCUGCACAGAGCUGCGAAAUGAUGUGAUGGUCAGCGAGGAUGUCAUGAUGCUUUUCUUGCCGGCUGCUGGAAAAUAACCCUUCAGCACUGCUGCGUGUUGUUUUACUGAAGCGUUUUGUAGGAGCGUCGCUGUGUUUGGCUGCUGGAGAAAACAGGACAGCAUUUGAAGGCUUGACAAAUGCAUCCCAGGCUGAAAAACUGCUGCGUUUCUCCUCCUCUUCCUCCUUUAGAAAACUGACUUCUUUAAAGAGAGGUAAGAGAGAAGAUACAGAAGUAAGAAGAUGCUGGGAUCAGAACGGGGCGUGGUGGAAGAAUGGCUGUCGGAAUUCAAGGCAUUACCUGAAACACAGAUUUCCAGCUAUGCAGCUACGCUGCACCGAAAAAAACCACUGGUACCAGCUCUUUAUAAAGUCAUUCAAGACCCAAAUAAUGAGCUCCUGGAGCCUGUUUGCCACCAGCUCUUUGAGCUAUAUCGUAGUUCUGAAGUUCGGCUGAAGAGAUUCACACUGCAAUUUUUGCCAGAGCUGAUCUGGGUAUAUCUGCGUCUUACUGCCAGCAGGGAUAGGCAAAGUAACGGUUGCAUUGAAGCAUUGCUGCUUGGCAUUUACAAUUUGGAAAUUGCUGACAAAGAUGGAAACAACAAAGUUUUAUCUUUCACCAUCCCUUCAUUAUCUAAACCAUCAAUAUAUCAUGAGCCCUCUACUAUUGGAUCCAUGGCUUUAACUGAAGGAGCUCUCUGUCAGCAUGAUCUCAUCAGAGUAGUUUACAGUGAUCUUCAUCCUCAAAGAGAAACCUUCACAGCACAGAACAGGUUUGAGGUGCUGAGCUUUCUCAUGCUGUGCUACAAUUCUGCUAUUGUCUAUAUGCCUGCCUCUUCUUACCAAUCACUUUGUAGGAUGGGUUCCAGGCUGUGUGUGAGUGGAUUUCCACGGCAGCACGAGAAACGCUGGAAAGAACACUGUGGUAGAGUGGUGUUAGACCCUGACUUCAUGGUGCAGCUGCUCACAGGUGUCUAUUAUGCUAUAUAUAAUGGUCAAUGGGAUCUCGGCCAGGAGGUAUUGGAGGACAUAAUUUACAGAGCACAGCUGGAACUCUACUCACAACCUCUGUUGGUUGCAAAUGCCAUGAAGAACUCACUGCCCUUUGAUGCUCCUGAUGCAUCCCAAGAAGGCCAGAAGGUACUGAAAGUAGAAGUUACUCCAACGGUGCCGAGGAUUUCUCGAACUGCCAUUACAACAGCUUCUAUCCGUCGUCACCGCUGGAGAAGAGAAGAUGGCUUUGACUUCUCAAACGAGGCUGACUCAAGCAUACCUGGCUCACCGAUCCAACACGGCUCCACAGACCUAGGGAUCAAACGUGAGCAAGAGGGGGAGGUGCUGAUGCGCAGGACCCCUGAGCAUGGCUUCCCGGAGCCCACCUUGGCAGCAGCCACAACAGAGGAUACUGAAGGUGUGAAUGGAAGAGAGGAAUCUGUGAACCUUAAUGAUGCUGAUGAAGGAUUUUCAUCAGGAGCAUCCCUCAGCAGCCAGCCAGUUGGGACCAAACCUCAAUCAUCUAUAUCCCAGAAGGGCAGCUUAAGGAAAACAGCAAGUGGACGUUCUGCUAAGGAUAAAGAAACCUCUUCUGCAGCAAAAUCCAACGACAGCCCUCGAGAUUCAGUAGCUCGGAAGCAGUACAUGCACCAAUCCACUGACCUUGGUGCAGAUAUAAUUGAGAUGACACCUACUAAGAAACACCUCAGCCUGCCUGCUGGGCAAGUGGUGCCAAAAGCCAACAGUUUGAGCUUGAUCAGGACUGCCAGUGCUUCCUCCAGUAAAUCGUUCGACUACGUGAAUGGUAGUCAAGCAGGCUCCAGUGUUGGAGUUGGUACAGAAGGUGUUACCAAUCUAGCAGCUGGCAACACCAAUCGUUUUUCAACCAUCAGCCUACAGGAGGACCGACUAGGCCACACUGGGGAAGGUAAAGAUCUUCUUCCUCCAGGAACUCCCCUAACCAAACAGUCUCGAUCUCCAAGUUUCAAUAUGCAGCUGAUAUCCCAGGUGUAACAUUUAACUCCCUUUGAUAGGACUCCCUCUUUGCCCUAAAUCCCCAGGCAAGUUCAUUCUUAGACAAAACAAGAACCGUCAUCCUGCAGUGUGAAAAUACUGACUGUUGUGAUCUUGUUUGAUUUGGUUUAGCUAUCAUACUGUAUUACUGAAACAGCAAUAAUUCUUCCCUCACCUUCAUUCUGCCCUCUUGUAAACAUGGUUGUGAAGCAGUAUAUAAUGUACUGUAUGCCUUUUUCCAUGCCUUCCUUUCUCCUUGGGUGAUGUGCAAUCCAUCGUAGGCUGAUCAGUCCCAUUUCAACACUGUGAGACUGGAGACACCGUCAGAAAUGGUGAAUGUGAUCCCUAUGAGAUGAUGCUUUGGCUUUGUUAAGAAAUAGAAACGGGUUUGUUUUCUCGGUCUACAGUACUGCAAAGACUACUGGAUCAUGACUUUUCUUUCUCAGAACCAGGAGUGCCUCAGAGAUUCUAAUGUGACUUUGGACCUCUCUGAGUCUGUGCAAUCAAUUCUGGGGAGGGAAUUGUCGUUGCUGCUCCUGGCUGCUUACAGCACUUUCAUUAAAAUGAGGGUAGUUUUUUCUUGCCUGCCCCCAGUCUCUCAUCCCAGAAGCUUUUGAUGUUCAGCAACUGAGACAUGCUUACUACCAAGUUGUUUUCCCUCAAAGAGAGGAUUGUAAGUAGAUAAUGUAGGCUACAAUGCACUUCUAAUGGCGUUGUAGCCAUGUGUAACGUUAUCUGUCUUCCCCUCCAGGACACAGGGUCAUUCUGCAUGUAGAGUAAAAUUUAGACAAGACCAUGCUGUUAAAGAGAUCAGAUUUAUAAAUGGGAGGGAAACACUAUGUUCCCAGGAACUAAUGGCUAGCUCUGCUCCAUUUUUGUUGUGAGUGGUGGUGUUGUGUGUUGUUGUUCUUGUGAGGUGGUGAUCACUGAGUUGAAAGGUGUAUUUGGGUAAAAGAGUAUUUCUCAGGCUGCUUUCUACAGUAUCAUGGAUGUUAGACAUCCCCGCCCCUCUCAGCUUCUUCCUCAGUGUCCCUAAAUUCAGUCAUGGAGUCAUUUUGAGAAUUUUGCAGUCCAAACAGACCAUCCUCUUAAGGGACUGUCUCAGGGAUAGAGACUUUUUUUUUUUUUGCUAGAAACACAGAAGCUUUAAUGUGAAAUGCUUUUCUAGAAACACCAUUUUCGCAAAGGGGUACUGACAGUCCUUUUUUUUCCCCAGAAGGAUCACAGUUCAUUGCCUUGGUAUUUACCAUCUAUUACAUUGUCAUCAUUAUUUUAGUGGAUAGACCCCUACUCUAGAAAAUGCAGAACUCAUGCCAUUGAGCCAAGCCUUGAAUGUAUAUGACUGGUGUGACUGGUGUGCACUGGCUGGUACUUAUGCUAAAGAACACUGCUUAGAAGCACAUUUCUGAUUGUGUAGGAAAAUGUUUGUCAUCCUAUCUCUCUCUCUCUGUCCUAUUGCUGGAGAGAAAAGGAGAAAGUUCAUCCUGUAUUCUUAAGUAAUGUAUGAUAUCCUGGAAGUUUACAAAUUGUCAAUCCACAGAAAAGAGUUGUGAUCUUCAUGUGAGCACUUUGGUUUCAUUGUCACUGUGAAGAGUGAACGUAAGCUGUUAGGCAUAGCAGGUUAUCUUUGAAUGGCAGAGAGUCUUUAAGAAAUUCAGGACAAUAACAUGGUGUUACUUUCGUUUUUGAACCUCUAUUCCAAACAGAACUUUCAAAUUUACAUUAAAACUCAUUUAAAUAUUUGAAAGCUUUUUGUAACUUGAUAAAUCACUUUGGCAGUCUAGUCUUCAGAUCUUACACUCAUAGAAAAGUGAAUUAAAUGGCAUCUGGACUGAUGCAGAAAUUUAGUUAGAAAAUAGAACCUUCAGAAAGAAAACCCUGCUGUUUCAGAAUUUAGAUUAGUCUUUAAGGGCACUAUAGAUAGAACUAAGGCAUGGUUGAGAUUAAACUGUGAGGGGAUUUAUGUUUAAAAACAACAAAAAAACUUCUUAUGAUUAGUCUCUUCUUAAUUUAUUUAGUCAAGUUUUGCUGGUGGAGGUGAUUGGCAAGUCCUGGUUGUGUGGAAGGUUGCUUGGUAGCUGUUUCUUUCCUGAAAGUACAGAUUUAUAUUUUGUAGAGAUCAUCACUAUGAGAAUUCUAUUGAAGUGCCAUCACCACGAACUGAUAAGGACCAAAUGAUUUGCUUAAAUCUUUGGGAAAUAAAAGGUCAGGAAUGUCAGCUUGUUGAGGAAUUAUUUAAAUAUUUCUAUGCCUUUUAAAGCAUAGGGUUGCUUGUUAGUAAGGUUCUCUUGUUUCUGCUUCUGCUAUUACAAACAUUCCUUUAGAAGUCGUAGGACGCCUAAAUUGGCACUGGGCCAAAUUUUAGAAACAAAUAUUUUAUACUCCUAAGAGUGGAGCUCCGCACUGUCACACUAUUUCAGGAGAGCGAGACAGCCCAGUGACUUCAGAUAGGGAAAUCGGAUGUGCACGCCUCAAUUUGAAGUAGUUAAAAGUUCAGCCAAACUGCAAAGGAAGGUGUUUUUUGCAGUCCUUUUUGAUGAUGUGCCUUUGGUUAUAGCUCAGUUCAUUUUAUCCUCAUUUGUUCGUGUGUGUGUGUGUAUAUACAUACACAUAUGAACAAACAAUAUACAUAUAUAUAUAUAUAUAUACACACCCCAUUUAGAGCUUGAAAAAGGGUUCAAUUUCAUCUCUAUUAAAAAAAAAAUCUUUUUUGCUGUGUGCUGAUGUGCAGCAUCUGUAAGUUACCAAAAUUAUCCCCUGAGUGCAGUGUUUCAUCUGUGGGAAGUUGUUUUGCCAUUUUCCAGACGCGUACUGAUCUACUGCUGUCUUAGAAAGUGGGCUGUCACUGUGAUCUGCAAACCAGCUGUAAUAGCAGUCUCUGCCAGUGCUCUGUAUCACACUUAGCUGUAAUCCUUCUUGGUAUCUUGGACUAUACCAAGGUGUGUGAACCUCGUAUGGUGGCAUUCAAUAGACUUCAAAGUACUGUGGUGGUAAUAAAAUUAGAAUAAAUUAAUAAAAUUAAUUACUGUGGUGGUAAUAAAAUUAGAAAUGUCUAAUUAGAAAUUAGAAUAUUAGAAAUAUUAAAUAAAAUGCAUGCUCUAAUUUUCUGAUACCGGUGACAAAUACCUAAACUUAAAUCUCUUUAUCCUGAAUUCACUCGGCUGUGUCACUUUUGAGAACAUUUGGUACUUAAUAUAAGGCACUGGAUUGAAAUUUCUGCUCUGUUUCAGUGCAGCUGCAGCAGGAAGGUUGAAAAGCAGAACACUACAUGUGUGCACACACACGUGUGUGCAAAUCUAUUUAAUGCUCAUGUGAGGAAGUGCGGGUACUAUAUGUGGAUGUCUAUACACGUGUAAGUAGGGAUUAAUGAAUUGUCCCUUGAUACAGUUUUUACCAUGUUACACUAUGCUGCCAUUUUACAACUCAUUUUUCUUGGGCUUUAUAAUUUUAAAAAGAUUGCUAAAUCAGACUUCAGUUCACCUUUUCAGGAGGUUUUUGUGAGCAGCUCUUUGGUUCAAUGUUGAUCCUUUUUGUUUUUCAUCCUGCAGGCCACAAAGUGAUGAAGUGAAAGUAUCCGUUGCAAUGAAUGUGGCAAGAUAAAGUUUUAAGUUGCUUUGUUAUUCUUGCUAGUUUUGAUGUGGAGACUUAUGUCACUGCUUGUUGUAAAUGCAGAUUUCUUUGAACACACUUUCUGAUGUGAGUUUGGGAAAGUUUUUAAUGGUGUACUUCAUUCUGUAAUGCUGAACAUCAUGUUGCAGCCAGUAAGCAUUAGGUGUAGUUAUUUGUAGACUGCGAGUGUGUUGGUCUCAAUUACCUAAAUCUGACAUUUCCAACACGCUCCUGCUAGCUUGAACAUAGUCAGUCAUCUGUUCUGACAGCAAAAUUAUGAGGAAAAAAACUGUUUUCUGACAACUUAUUUAUUUGCACUACUUACGAAUACUGGAGUUUACUGGGACAGGGUUUUUUCUCACCAUGUGAGGUUUACUUGUGUGUGGGUAGGUACAUACAUUUGUCACGUGUUGACAAUCAAUUGCCUCAACUGUGUGUAUACUGUAUGUAAAUAUGAACAUAUUUUUCAAGAUUAAGGGGGAAACCUGCACCUUAAUGGUGGUAAAGCUGCUCUGUAGAAAGGUGGCCCCAACUCUUACCCCUUUCUGUCUCCAGAUAGAUGUGGCUUGUUUUACUUCUUUAACGAACAUAAUUAAUUUUCCUGGAAAAUUUUGGUUCCAGGGAGAUUUUCCUCAAUGUUUAAUGUAUAGCAUGUUCAGAGAAUUAUAUUUUCAAAAAUUAAUUUUGGUGUAGAUUAUUCUAUGCUAUGGCUGUAUUUUAACCUAAGGGUUAAAUUUGUCCUAUUUUAUCACGAAACAAUGGCUCUCUUUUAAGUGUUCAAGUGUUUUAAUUUCGGUCACAAGCCGGAAAUUUUUUGUUUGACUUGGCUUACAAAUUGAAGUUAAUUUGAAGACCAAGUAGUAACCAAGAAUAACUUGUUGAGUAAAAUUCUUAAUCAGUACAAACUUGAUGGUGAACUCAUAAUCCUGGAGGAGGUGUGGAAAGCAUAAUGGAACUUACUUGAAUGGAACGUAUGUGCUGCAUACAGAACAAAAAGAUGUUUCUGUUAUUUGUAGAUCUAUAAGUCUUAUCCUUAAAUUUUGCAAUUCUGUCACUGCCAAAGAUAUUGUUACCUUGGCAUGUUCUAUAUGGGACUGAAACCAUUAGCGAGGUCUCAUUUGUAACAUUCAUUUACAUCAUUGGCAUAGUUCAUAUCAGAACAAUAAACACGCUUGCUUUUUUCUUUUUUUUAAUGGCUUGUUUAGGACGAUCACUGAACUGAAGUUAUAAAUGAUCAGUCCUUUUUAAGCAUCAAAAGCAGAGGGCCAAUCCUCUGUACUUGCAUUGCAUUCUUGGCGUAAAUAAAACUGAUCGAUAUUUUGUAUUUUCUUCGGUAUUUUAAAUGCUGCUUCUUGCUGAUAUAUGGGCCUUAAUUUCUCUUUCUCUUGUCAAAUUAAGAUAAAUUUCUCUUAAUUUCUUAAAAUAACAUUAGUUUGUUUUCCCACUGGCUCUUGAAUAAAUUUCACUUCUGGAAAGCUUUUCUGUAGGUGAUUUGGGGGAUCCCAGCAUGGAUAUUGUAUUUGUGAAUACAUACAUCAGUCUGUCAAAAUCUGCGUGUUGUGAAGAGCUGAAAUACUCUCCUGCCUCUUAAACAGUGAUGGACAGCAGCGGAGAGCUGUGAGCGACUUGGUUCAUCGGUAGUGUAUGAAAGCAAGCAGUAAAUGGAUUUUGCAAGACUGAUCUGUGUGAUGAUUUCCGCUUAGUCGUGAUAAAAUUUUAUUUUAAAAUAAACCAAACCAUGGAACAAAUUUUCAAAACAUAACAGGUAGCCAUUUCUGAGAAACUUUCCUCGUAAGUUUGGCAAGUGUCGAGGCCUGCUGUCAUGUAAUACAUUGCAAGCUCAAAAUCAAGCUCUAGAAGUCUGAGGGUACCUCACAGCUGCCAGGAAUGGAUUUAGUAAAAAUCUGCCUCAUGUUCUGUGACUUUAUUUGAGAUUUUUGUGAAGAAAAAGAAAUCAACAGUAAUUUCUGCCUCUGUUACUUCUGUUCUUUAGAAUCAAAAUACCAAACGCUUCUGAUUUUUUUUUUUUUUAACUGUACUCAUCAGAUUGUUAAAAUGGAUAGUUUUGGGGAUAAAAGGAAUUUGAAAAUGGUCCAUAAAUUAUUUGUUCUAUCAUAAAGGAUUACUAAGCUACUCCUGUGAGGAGCUGCUGUGUGAGAACACUUGUACAGUAAAACUUCGUGUCUGUACAGUAAAACCUUGGCCUACAUUUUAGCUUGUGCGCAAUGGGCAAAGUUGAUUAAGCUGUAUUAAAAAGCGAUUUGGUUGUGAGCUCCCAGUGUUUUAUAGUCCUCAUCCUCCCCAGAACUGAUCAGAAAACAGAAAAUUCAGUACGAAUGAAGCAACCUUUUCAAAGAGAAAUGAGCUUCGUUCAAAAAUAGGUGGGACUUGGGAGUGACAAGUACUGGCUUCUGACACUGUCCUUUUUGUUCACGUGGUUCCUGUUAUUGUGCUCGACUUUCAUGCUGUUUAUGAAAAAAAUUGAGUAUUAGAAACUUUAUGGCUUGAAGUAUACAGUAGAUGUGAGUUAGCAAUCACUCUAGAUAAACCACUUCUCAAAGCUUUUUAGUAGGUAGUACUGGGGUGUGUCUGUGUUUUUGUGUGCCAGUGUUCGAUGAUUACUUUGAAACAAGACUUCUUACUGUUUACUUGCAGAAAGUGCAUACUCUUAGGAUGGAUAUAACGGGCUGGUUUAUUUAUGAAGAAACAACAUACGAUUAAAUAAAAUUGAGUCAUUUAACAUUUUUUUCCAUAUCGAGGAUUCCAGGAAAAAAAAGCUAAUAAAGGUUUUUAAUAAUGAAAUCAGAUACUCUGACUACAUUUUAGAUUUCCUCGGGUAGCUUUUAUUUGCUGUACAAACCUGAAUCGAGGUACCCCGUGCUGCAUUUUUUAAAUUUGUAACUCCUCUAUUUUACAAUGAAUCUUUUGCUCUGUACUGUCCUUGUAAGAAUACAGGAUACGCCAUCGAUUUUACUAGCAAAAAGAAACACUCUGCGAGGGUUAAAAGAUUAUUUUCCUACUUUUUCUGUCACACCAGGUUUGUUUCUCUGAACUAAGCUUUCUGAGGAUUUUUACUACUUUAACAUGGUGUACUCUGAUCUCUGUCGUAGAAGGCGCAUAAGCAGCACGUCCCACGUGUGCGGACAGGUGGGCUAAGCCCAGGGCAGGGAUAGGGCCUGCGUGGGCAGGAGGUGCUGGGGAGGGAUGGAGCCACGCAGGCUUUGAGCAGCUGCGACCUCUGCUGUGUGAUGUCCUUUAGCCUGGGACCAGGGAAAUCCUCAUUCUUAGACCUGAAGACGGCACGUAGCGAAGAUCAUGUUAUUGGUGCAUGUAAGCCAUUAUCUUACUGUCUUACUGAACUGGUUAAUGCUGUUGACUGUUGUUGAAAUGUGAAAUGUAGUUACUAUUGACUCUGUAAAUACCUGCCAGAGAUGAAAUAUAAUUAUUUUAAAUCAUUGUAAAUAGAGAUGUAUAAAACUCGACACAAUCUGCAAUGCAGAAGAAAAUUAUAUAUAUAUAUAUAAAUAUAUAAAGAUGUUAAAUAAAUAUUGUGCUGUUUCUGAACAGAACUAGA